CCAGCGGGGCUCUCCACUGGAGCUCCCCGUUCCUCAGGCCCCGCAGGGCGCCCCCCGCCGCUGAGGAUGAGUCACUGCAGCAGCCGCGCCCUGACCCUGCUGAGCAGCGUGUUCGGUGCGUGCGGCCUGCUGCUCGUGGGCAUCGCCGUCAGCACGGACUACUGGCUGUACAUGGAGGAGGGAACCGUGCUGCCGCAGAACCAGACCACGGAGGUCAAGAUGGCGCUGCAUGCUGGCCUGUGGCGAGUCUGCUUCUUUGCAGGCCGGGAAAAGGGUCGCUGCGUGGCCUCAGAAUAUUUCCUUGAACCAGAGAUCAACUUGGUGACGGAAAACACGGAGAAUAUUCUGAAGACAGUGCGCACAGCCACCCCCUUCCCCAUGGUCAGCCUCUUCCUCGUGUUCACCGCCUUCGUCAUCAGCAACAUUGGCCACAUCCGCCCGCAGAGGACCAUUCUGGCCUUCGUUUCCGGCAUCUUCUUCAUCCUCUCAGGCCUCUCCUUGGUGGUGGGCUUGGUUCUUUACAUUUCCAGCAUCAACGACGAGGUCAUGAACAGGCCCAGCAGCUCGGAACAGUAUUUCCACUAUCGCUACGGGUGGUCUUUUGCCUUCGCAGCGUCCUCCUUCCUACUCAAAGAGGGAGCCGGCGUGAUGUCCGUGUACUUGUUCACCAAGCGCUACGCGGAGGAGGAGAUGUACCGCCCGCACCCGGCCUUCUACCGCCCGCGUCUCAGCGACUGCUCCGACUACUCGGGCCAGUUUCUGCAGCCCGAGGCGUGGCGCCGCGGCCGCAGCCCCUCGGACAUCUCCAGCGAUGUGUCCAUACAGAUGACGCAGAACUACCCUCCCGCCAUCAAGUACCCCGACCACCUCCACAUCUCCACCUCGCCCUGCUGAGGCCCCGCCCCCGGAGCGCCCUGCCUCCUCCUCCUCCUCCUAGCUGGUCUCGUCGCGACCGCGCGGCUCCAGCGCAAGUCCUGGGGACGCCUAGUCCCGCGGGGAGGAAACCGCGCGCCCGUUAGCCCUGCCUCGCCGCCGUAGCCCCGCCCUCUCCCUGGUGCCCCGCCCAGCCACCAUAGCCCCGCCCUCUUUCCUGACCGCUCCUCUUCAUUGGUCCCUUCCACUUCCAGAUGACUCCUCCCCCGGAAGACACGCCCCUUUCAUCAGGCCCCGCCCCCAGCCGAAAGGUUUCCAGGUUUCCGGGUUCUUUUCGCCCAGCGGCCGAGCGCGCCCACCUCCGGGCAAACUGCCCCAGUUACCUUUCGCCUCGGCCGGGGGCUCUGGGCUGGAGAGUAGGUUCUGGCAGCCGCCAGGAAUGCCAAAUAUCCUUUUCUCCUCUCUGCCCCGGUUAGCCUCUUUCUCGGUCCAGUCUCACCUCCAGACCUUCGUGGUCCUUGCGUACAGUGAGUGAAGCGGGGAGGCCCUUCUUGCUCCACCCCAGACCCCCACCCCAUCUCUAGGGUGGGGUGGGGGGCUGGAGGCCCCGGCUAUGGUUAACCUGGCCUCACCCGCCCCCCACCGCACACACGGGAGACCCCGUUCUGUCUCACCUGCUGGAUACGUCUCGGCCUUCUGAAGGCUACCUGUCUUUUCAAGGGCGCUCUUUAAAGGAUUUUCUCGCUCUCUCUCAGCUGACCUUGGCUUCUUUUUCCUUCCUCUGCCUCCUGGCCUCCUCUCCACCCGCUCAUCCAAAGCCCCCCUAGGUGUAUCCAGCCCCCCACGCCACGCGACAAGAAUGGAGACCCUAGGUGGAGGGAAGUCCUCCACGCCAAUUCCAAGCCUGUGCUCGCCUCUUCCCCCUCGAGGCCCCGUCGUGGGAGGGAGAGGCAGUAGCGGGGGUCGACACCCCCCAAACCUCGAAGUCUUCCAUUUUCCGGCACCUCCCCCCUCACUGAAGUCCUCCUCCCCAUCUCAGAUCCCCCAACUCUGGCCUCUUUCAAGGGUCCGUCCGCCUCCUAGGACAGAUUGGGGGGAUUUCACCAGAAACUCACCCUCUCCCUUAUUAGGGGAGGAGGGGCGAGGUAGCACAGUAUUGUACACGGAACCAGACAGGCCCCCUGGGU